AGAUACUUUUCAAAUUGCAGUUGAACUUGAGCCCUACGAUCGAGCUCCUUCACCUUUCUUCCUUGCUUCUUUCAGAAGCAGAGGGUGAGUGCUUAUGGAUCAUCGAACGAAGCCAUGGAAUCAUUUGGCCGACUUCAAUUUGUUUCUGUUUCUAGGAACUAUGGUUUGAUGUUGGUGCAAAGGGAAGAGAUCUUGUUGUUCUUUUACCUUUGACGUUAUGAAGACUCUGUUUCGCAUUUCGGUUGGAUUCUUUUUGGUGUUGCUAAUUUUUUACUGCAGCUUCGUUGAUUCCAAGGUGGAAGAAACUGCGAACUCCAGUCUAGAUUCAAAAACAGUGAAUAAAGUAAACGAUGCAAGCAAGGACACUGGUUCUAAUAAGGUUCUUAAUUCUAUUUCUGCUGGUAAGGAAAAGGAGGAUGAACACCAAGUAAGCAUCUCAAAGGGGGAUGUUAAGAGCAGCGGGGAUACAAUUAAGAAGGAUCCUGAAAGUGAAACAACAUCGGAAGAAGGUGCAAAUAAAGUAAAGAGUGACGGUGGUUUAGUUGAGAAAGGAAAGAAUAAGGGAGAGAAAGAGAAGGGGAAGCCAUUAGAUAAUUCAGCUUCGAAGGAAGCGUCUAAGAAUAGUGGGAAGGACGGCAAUUUGGUAACUUCAGCAUUGAAAACAAAGGAUGGCUCUUCGGGUGAGGAUUGUGGUUCAUCAAAUAAGUGCACUGAUGAGGGAAAUAAGUUUGUUGCUUGCUUACGAGUUCCAGGAAAUGAAUCUCCUCAACUUUCGUUGCUAAUCCAGAACAAGGGAACAGGUCCUCUUACUGUGAAAAUUUCUGCGCCCGAUUUUGUUCAUCUGGAGCAGAGUGAAGUUCGACUUCAAGAGAAAGAAGAUAAAAAGGUAAAAGUUUCAGUCAGCAAUGGUGGAGAUGGAAAGGUGAUCAUUCUGACUGCAGGUAGCGGCCGUUGUAGUCUUGAUUUUAGGGAUCUUGUUGAACGCAAUAUUGCCAAAGAUUCUGAUGAUCUUCCCAAGUCCCCACGGUUCAGCUACCUGGCAAAGCCACCUAUUAUUGCAUUUUUAGCUUUUUCUGUAAUUCUGACAAUUGCAGCUGCUUCAGUGUUCAUUAGCAUUCGUCGUAAAAGUUUUGCUAGUAGCAACUCUAAAUACCAAAGGCUGGACAUGGAGCUCCCUAUUUCCAUUGGAGGUAAAUCCGUUGCUGACAAUAACGACGGAUGGGAAAACAGUUGGGAUGACAAUUGGGAUGAUGACACGCCACACAAACCUUCCCUGCCUGUUACUCCAAGUCGUUCGUCGAUGGGCCUCGCCUCACGACGGUUGAAUAAGGAGAGCUGGAAAGAUUAGCCACCAGUGUCAGCUUCACACAUUCAUACACAAAAGAAAGAAACCGCUCGAAUGCCGAAAUCCGAUUAUCUGGGGUUCAAGGUACACUCAGCUCUACCCUUUUCCUGUCAUUUUAAACCAACAAGCAUAUGAUUGUUAUUGUAUUUGCAUCCAACAUCUUCCUUUGGCUAUUGGAUUGGAGAUGGAUGUGGUGGAUGAGAACCUCAUGAUGUCAUAAUGAAUUACUUUUAUUAUCAAUCAACGUAUCUCUUAACAAUGUUAUUAUUUUAAUAUGAUUCAACGAUGAUUGUAAUUACAUAUGAGAUGGCCUGAUGUUGGUUAUAAAUCAUGAAAAGUGACAGUCAAUGUGGAAGAAAAAACGGCCCAAUUAGACAGCUCCACGUGUAAUUACAAGUGGCGUCGGUGAUGAAACGACGGCUAAGUCACUGCUACAGUCAAACUUACCCAUAAACGAGGGCAUGAAGGAGAGGAAGACAACCAAACCACUCACUGUUACUUUAUUUAUUUAUUUUAAAUAAAUUGAUUACAAAUAUUCUUUUU